AUGGAUAACUCAACACCAAUUUCCUUCGAUUAUCACGAUCCCUUGAACUUAACUGUAGCAUGUUUAAUUCUGGUGAUCGGUGUUUUCGGAGUUUUUUGUAAUAUCUCAAUUGUUUAUGUCUUCUUCAAAGAGAACACCGAAAGAACCUCAUUCAACUUGAUAUGUGUAUAUCGAAGUCUGUCGAAUAUCUACAUUUUGGGAACCACUUUUUUAGGAUUAUUCCUCCCCAAAACAGUGCUUGGAUAUUCUCCAUACUCUCCACCCGUUGAAAGUACAUUAAUCCACAUCUCAAACACUUUAUAUCUUGGCAAUGAAUAUCAAAUCAUUUUGGUGGCCAUCAAUCGAUUCACUGCGAUUUUUUUCCCUAUCUACUAUAAUAAAGUCUGUGGAAUCAAGAUUACUUGGCUGAUUUUGACAAUAAUUUAUCUGGUUCGAAUAGGGAUCGUAAUCUUGGAGACGAUUCCUCAGUUGGAAAAGCAGUGUCACACAUCUUUCUCACUGUAUUCUCUUAAUUGGGUUUAUGACAAACAAGAUAAAUGUCAAAUUGAAGAUAAUAUAUUGACAGUAAUCUCAAUCACUUUCAUCAUAAUGACAGCGAUCAACGGAGCGACGUUGGUGAAAAUAAUUAUGUUUUAUAAAUCAAGUCGAAACGAAGACCGAGAAACCAAGAAAAGGAUCCGAAGAAACGUGUUCUUAUUCCUCCAAACUGGUCUCCAAGAUUCCCUUUAUCUCAUUGAUCUCUCAUUUAUGAUGAAGUUCAGUCAACUCAGUAAUGCACGUGUUUGGACUUAUAUCAGUGGAACUUUUGUUUGGGAAUGUCUUCAUUCGAUUGAUGGGUUCAUCAUGAUUAUGUUCAAUGAGAAAUUAUCAUUGGUUCGAAAACGGUUCUUCCAUUCUCCCUCAUUAACGCAGAUUCCACAGAGCAAGAAGUUCACAAUUUCUGUUGUUUCAUCAAUGCCUGAUAUUGCAUGA